AUGCCACCACCAAAUGAACAAUUAUACAGUAGUUUGUACGGUCGCGAAAUGGAAAUGAUGCGAAAAAUGUUUAAAAACAAUGACGAUCGACUAGACAAUUCAAUGAUGCUUGGUGCUAAUCCAGCUAAUCUACCGAAAGGUUUUCAUCCAAACUAUCCAAACAUUUUCCCCGGAAAUAAUCCUAAAUAUUUUGAACCGUCAAUGAUGCGCUUUGAAUCAUCUGUUGCGGAAAAAAUGAGAAAACACGAUGCAGCCAAAGCAGCAUUGUAUCCAAUUGGACAUCCACUGUACACAAACCGGCAAGCCAUCAAUCCGAUCAACACAAAUAACAGCCAAUUAUACGAUGAUGUGCACAGCAAACAUCAGCAAGGAUUACUAAAGCCAUUAUUCGAUGACAAACAGCAUCCACAUUUUAAUGUAAAUUUUAACAAUAAAACCGAAACGAGCUUAAUAACCAAAUCUUAUCCUGGUUUUGAAAAUUCCUUAUCCAACAAUGAUACAACGAACCAUAACAAUUUGCUGCUAAGUGAAUCUCAAUUUGUUAGUCACAAUUUUAAUGUUAAUAAUUAUACCAAUCGUAGUGAUAAGAACCAGAGUACAUUUUUAAACAAUCGUGGCAAUCAUUCGCCGAGUGAUUUUGUGAAUGCCACCAAUAAUAACAGCAGUGAAUUCGAUUUGAAUAAAAGUGGUGAUAAUAAUAACGUUGGCCCGCUGGCAACGCAAUUAAAGGUGACGUCAAAUAUUAAGUGUACGGAUGCAUCAUCAAAAGAGUUCGGCAAUGGUAAUGCAACCGGCAUACAUUUUGAUGAUGACAAAUCGCGAAACAGCAGUAACGAUAAUGACGAUGAUGAAUUUACGAAUUUGUAA